AGAUUUUAAUUUGCUAUACGUAUCACACAGGUCAUUUCAUUUGAACUGCAGAUAGCUCGGUCGACAUACCUCUCGAUCCGUACAGUUCUACUUACAAAGACUGCUUUCCAACAUUUCGGAAGUAUAAGUGGCUGUUGUUCCCACCUCUCACUUUCUCACGGCUUUUAAUUUAUAAUCUGAAAGUUAUGAAGAGAAAAUAUAAUACUAUGGAGCUUCCACCGUCGCCGGAAUCUUCAGGAUACGAGGAAGAAGAGAACCUGGUAAUAAACCACAACAGAAGAAAACGGUCACGGGACCAGAGAAUCAACCACGAUUUUAACGACCUGGUUGAAGAUUCCCUGUUAGACUUUGUCCAACGUGAUGGAGAAACUGUGAGAAGAAAAUUUAGGUCUCACGGUAAGCCGCUAGUGCUGGUAUUCUUUGGCAUUAUGAAUGGAUACCUUGAUGAUAUUAACGAGAAUUACGAAUCCUUGGUGAAGCAUUACGAUGCCAAUAUUAUAGGUAUAUCCUCAAACGUCUCCGAAAACAGCUACAGAUUUCCUUUGAUCAACAGUACAAUGGCUAUGAGGAAUUUCAACGUACUGGACCCUGUGGGAGGUGGAGUUUAUCCAAGAGAUGUGAUGUUCGUCUUUGACAGAUUUGGGAAACAGAAAUUGGAGAUUCCAAUAAAGCAUAUGAAUAGGUUUGUAUUCAACGAGUCAAUAAGCAAUGUGUUGGCUGAAGCACUCGAACAUGUUACGAAUGAAAUGGUGUACAAUUAUUGAUUCAAUAUCUAACGGGAAGUUUCAUGCAUAAUAACCAGUGGCCAGCUUGCAAUCUUGUGUUAACUAGGGUAAAAAAUUUCAUUAGCAUUCAUUUCGUAUGAUUUAAAAUCUCUGUAAUGUUUUAGCUAUGUAGAAUCUGGAUCUCCCUUUCAAAGAUGUCUUAUCUUGGUGUUUUGCUUUGCGUAGCUUCCAUUUUCGGUGACUUUUCAUCAAUUCCACAACUCUUGACAGACAUGUAGAUGUCAAUCUCGGAGUGACUAGUUCACUGACUCGGUGACUCCAAA